AUGCGAGGAUUCCGCCCAGCAGCCGCGCUCAUCACCCUCUUGAUUCCUUCCGCUCUUGCAAACCUCAACAUUAGUGGUGCGCGCGCAGUCGCGACGGACAACAAGGGCGCCGAGAAGUCGUAUACAAUUAAGGACGGCAAGUGGGCUGAGCCUGUCGCUCUCUCUCCCGCCGCGACAUUUAAGCUCACCUUCACCGUGACGGAUGGGGACUCUGGUGUCGCGCCGCAGCAGGCCUUCAUCGUCUUCCGGGAUACGCGUGACGACGAGUCUGCACCUGUGACGCUCCAGCUGGGCGUCAAGCCGACCGGCAAGACGACAUACUACAUGGACACGGCCAAGAUUCCGCAGGCGCUCUCGCAUACCUCUGGCGCGCUCGAAGCGUCCCUGAUCCUCUCGAACGGUGUGGAGGGUUACAAGACGACGCUCGGCGCGUUCUCGCUUCCCGAGUCGUCUUUAUCCGAGAAGCCGGCUCCCCGGACACUUGGGAACGGGAUCCACAUGUCCCCGCAGCCUGAGAUUACGCACACGUUCCAGUCCGACGAGAAGGAGAUUCCCGCGAUCAAGGCGACCCUUGGCGCGUUCGCCGUUGUCGCGCCGUGGAUGACCCUCGUCGCUCUCAUUGGUGCCGUGUGGCCCGGCCUGCAGGUCAAGACCCCACCGACUGUGAUGUACGCGUGGUUCGUGUGCCUCGUCGCGCUGGAGGCGCUCAUCCUGCGCUACUGGAUCGGCCUGCGGCUGUACCAGCUCCUUCCUCCGUUCAUCGUGCUUGGAGCCAUCACGGCGUACGUCGGCACCGUUGCCCUCCGCUCUUCGCGCGUUGAGCGUCUUAAGGCUGGCGGCGCACCCUAG